UUUUAAUCAUAGCCGCAAGGGAUGCCCACCAGUUCUUUGCCAGCAGCCCGUUGGUACAGAAGCGGUGUAACACGAGACUUUUGCUGCGGUAUUGCGGGAGUUCGAGCAUUUGAAGAGGAUCGAAUGUGCAUACACAUAUUGUACAAACGACUGAGUGUGGUUGCCCAGUGUCCCCACAGUAAAGAUCCCCUCGCAUUUGCAUGAAGUGGUGAAGUGAAGUGAAAUUGGUGAAGCGUGAGGUUUAAUUUUGCAAAACUGCUCAUAAUAUACGCCCGACGAUGGAUGUGAAGCUACUGAAAACAAAUAAAGUUCCUGUUCACCUUCCAAAUCGAAGGAGGAAUUCUAGCACCAAAGCCCUUUUUAUCAUCUGCUUGACUACCACACUAUCAAUUGCGUGCUUUACGAUGGGACUGUUCUUUCAUAUCUAUAAACCAACAAAAUUGAUACUAGAUGAUCGGUUAACGAUGCGUCAGAUUAUGCCCUAUUACCGAUGGUGGAAGGAUACAGACGAUGUUUUGGUCACGUGUCGAAUAUUCAUCUUCAAUGUAACCAACUCCGAACGUUGGUUGGGUGGGCUAGACGAUCAGCUUAAAAUGCAAGAAGUGGUUCCAAUCGUGUACCGUGAAAUACUGGAACACGACAACGUUACAUUCCACGAGCACAACUCUACCAUGUCGUACGUCACCAGAAGGCGUCUAGUGUUUUUACCCAAUCGUAAUGUUCCAGGCAUACUUAAUAAAACCAUCAUCGUGCCGAACAUUUCAUUGCUUGGUGUAGCCGCGAGGAUGGAAAACGACAACUUCUUCAUGAAGCGUGGAUUCAAUUUCAUUUACUCCAUGUCUGGUGAUACUGUAUUCAGCCGCAUGACAAUCUAUGACUACUUAUGGAACACGAGACCACCAUUCUUGGACCAGGCUAGGAAGUUUGUCCCGGGAAUGGUGCCAUCAGAUAAUGUGGGCGUUUUGAAAACGAUGUACGAGGAUCACGAGGAUCACGUAAAUGUGCGACAUGGAAAGCGGUACGGUGAUGAUCAAUUUUUUAUGAUGAACACUUACGAAUACGAACCCACGGUGCCGGGCUUCAGUCUCGCCAAGGGCGACUGUUUUGCUUCCAUCCUGAACUCCUCCGAAGGAGCUACCUAUCCACAAAACUUGGACGAACAAUCGGUGCUGAUCUACUGGCGCAAGACACUCUGCAGGGCAGUGCCAUUGUACUUUGAGCGACGAGUGCAGAAAGGUCCACUAACUGGGUAUAAGUACGUGCUACUCGAUAAUUCGUACGAUCGUCUGCCCGACAGUGACGCUGACUGCUACAAAGGCCAGUUCGGAUUACUUGAGGAUGGAAUGACGGACACCUCCAAAUGUUCCCAUGAUGUUCCAAUCGUAGCUACAAGUCCACACUUUUAUGCACGCAACUUCUCCAACGCCCAUAAGAUUACAGGAAUGAUACCAGAUCGGGAAAAUCAACACAGCUACGCAAUUGUGGAUCCAUCCUUCGGAAUUCCAUUGGACCAGUGCGCCCGUACCCAAACGAAUCUUGCUAUACCAGAACUCACCGGCUACUCGGCAGACAUCAAACGGUUCAGUGACAUGAUCAUUCCAAUGUUCUGGAUUGAAUAUCAUCAACAAGAACUGCCCAUCUAUAUUAUACGUACACUACAGGCAUUUUACGUCAUACGGGAUGUGGAACCAUACUUGCCUUACGUGUUGUACUUGUGCUUUCUGUUGCUACUGGCGGUCGCGUUCCGAGAGGCAGCACGCUACAAAAUGCAAGGAAAAAUAUCUCCAGCAAAGUAUACCAAACCUCAACUAACUAGCCUCUAGCACGCCCAAUAGUAACAGACAACCUACAGUGUCAGUAUGCCGCCUUUUCACGGUCAUCAUGAGCCAUCUGAUUUGUGAUAAUUCAUUCAUUUAAAAGCAAACAAAUAAAACCUUCUAAAAUUUUA